CGUUGUCUGUUCAGAGAUAGGCCCCUUGAUUACCAUCUCUCAUCUUGGCUUCAAGCAUCCCACGUCCUCGCAAGCUCCAUAUCCCACGUUCUGCCUGUCUAUUUCCUCUGCAAUCCAUCGACUAGCACAUUAAGGACGCCUCCGAGAGCCAUCCCAGCCCCAACCCCCACGCACCGGACUGCUCCCACUCACCAGUCUUUCCACUAGCCAAUCCCAUCCGCCUAAAACACCCCAAUAGGCAAUCAGCCAAGCCAUCGACUGAGCCUUUGUCUCCAUCUCCAUCAUCAUCCCACUCUCAUCCCACGCUUCCAGCGUCACAAUUACUCGCCAUGGCCCCAGCUGCUACGGGGGAAUUCGCGCCAACGCAUCUACCCGCUUUCAACAUGAAGCCGGUCUCAAUCAGUGCCUCCGUCUUGCAUGGUCCCCGGGAUCUGCGAUUGGAAUCGAGAACUAUUGAAGCCCCAGGGGCGGAUGAGCUGCAGAUUGCCAUUAAAGCUACUGGUAUUUGUGGGUCGGAUGUUUCCUACUACAAGAAGUUUGCAAACGGCGAUCUCUGUGCCUGUCAUCCCCUAUCUCUGGGCCAUGAGUCGUCAGGCGAGGUAGUUGCCAUUGGACCUCAGGUCAGCGGCUUCAAAAUCGGGGAUCGGGUUGCGCUUGAGGUUGGUGUUGCCUGCGGUCAGUGUGGCAUCUGCCGUAAAGGUCGAUACAACCUCUGCAAGAAGAUGCGAUUCAGAAGCAGCGCCAAAAGCUACCCUCACUACCAGGGCACGCUCCAGGAGCGAAUCAACCAUCCGGCUGUGUGGUGCCACAAGCUGCCCGACAAUGUCUCGUAUGAGGCCGCUUCUCUCCUUGAGCCCCUGUCCGUGGCCAUUCACGCGGUCAACCGAGCCAGACCAGAGCCAGGGUCUACAGCACUGGUCAUCGGAGCUGGCACCGUUGGUCUUCUUACGGCUGCUAUGGCCCGCCAAUCUGGUUGUACUUCCGUGACCAUUACCGAUAUUGAUGUUGGUCGCGUGAACUAUGCCAUUGAAAACGGCUUCGCAACCCACGGAUAUGUUACCCCGGUGUCAUACCUGACUCCUUCCAACGUUCCCUCUGGGGUCUCCACCCCCGAGUCUGGUGUCAUGACCCCUGCCAGCACAUUCUCUGCUGCUAGCAGAUUUGACAAUGCCAAGGCACUCGCUGCAAAAAUCCUUGCCGUUUCCAACACCCCGGACGCAUUCGUUCAAGAAGAGGACGAGGACGGAGUGGACGUUGCGUUUGAGUGCACUGGCAAGGAGGCCUGUAUGCACACUAGCCUCUACGCUACAAAGGCGGGAGGCAAGGUCAUUAUGGUCGGUAUGGGUACCCCAAUCCAAACACUUCCUUUGUCAGUUGCCCAUCUCCGAGAGAUUGACAUCUUGGGCAUUUUCCGUUAUGCAAACACCUAUGCUACCGGUAUCCGACUGCUUUGCUCGCAGGCCCGGAACGGCCCUGGUUUCUCUCUUCCUUCGCUGGAUAAGAUGGUUACACACCGCUUCAAGGGUCUCGACAAGGCGCAGAGUGCGUUUGAGCUCGCGACGCGCACUAGCGAUGACGAUGGAAACCUGGUCAUCAAGAUCGUGAUCGAGGCUUAAAGAGGCAUACCAUUUGUGUUUUGAACGCUUUAUGACGAUAGACCGAGCGCUUUACGAUAUCCCAGCACCAGCGCCAACGCCAGCGCCAGGCUGCUAUAAAUUUGGUUGGUUUCUGAAAAGUAGUUGGCGAGUAUGAAGAUUUUGGGCUUGUCAAUUUUGCAAGGGGAUUUUAGUUUGGGAAAGGAGG